AUGCCGCUGGCGUCGGACGCCAGGCCCGGCGGGGAGACGAUCGCGGGCAAGGGCAAGGGCGCGAUACGCUGGACCGCGCCGAUGGUCAACACCCGUCGGCCCGAGGAGCCGCGAGGCGAGCGGCGACGCAAGAGCGCGUUGGACACCGGGCGAUCUGCGACGAGCGCGCGCGGCCGCGCGCGCGAGAGAGCCGCGUCCACGACCGCCGGCGGCGGCGGCGCGCGCGUCCGCGACCUGGCAUCCACGACCUGGUCGCCGCGACCCGCGGACGACGGCGACGACUUCAACGAAUCCCUCGUCGAGCUCGCGGAGGAGUACGAGCGGGAGCUGUCCUUCGAGGCGUCGAACGGAGGACGCGGCAUCGCGAACGCGACGACGUCGCGCGCGCGCGUCGCGAACGGCGCCGACGACGCCUCGAGGACCGUCAUCGGCUCGAUGAUCCGACGGUUUCGCGAGGCGCCCGCGGCGGGGGAAUCGCCGCGGCGACGCGGGACGAGAAGCACGGAGGAGGACGACGAGGACGACUUCGACGACUACGAUCGCCGCGACGAAAGAGAAGGAUUCGCGUUUUCGACGAGCCAGACGACGUCGCCGCCGGAACGCGACGACGCGCGCGACCCGCUCCCGUCCGACGACCUCGUGGACGAGCUCAUCGCGUCGGUGUCCGCGCUUCGCGACGGCCGCCGCGCGCCGUUCUUCUCGGCGUCGCCGACGCCGAGCGCGAGCUCGUCCCGCCACCGCGUCGGCGGCGGCGCGAACGCGUCGAGCGAAGCGGACGUCUCCCGCGAAACGUGGCGGUCCUCCUCCGACGCCGGCGGCGGAUCCCGCGGCGACGACGAGUGGUGGUUCGACGCCCCGGACGCGACGGACGUCUCGACGGCGUCGGAGUCCGGGCGCGGCGGGCGCGGCGGCGGCGGCGAGGAGGAGGAGGAGGAGGACAUCCUCGAGUCGUGGAGACGGCGAAGGCGGCUGGAGGCGGCGACUAAGGGCGCGGCGGCGUCCCCCGCCGCGCGCGCCGCCGCCGCGGUCGCGGCGUUGGAUCGCGUCGGUCCGGUGGACGACGACGAGUACCAGACCAUCGUCGCGGCGACGAGGGCGAAACUUGAACUCGUCGCGAGCGACGUCGAGUCCGGGGACGCCGCGACGGCGACAUGCGCGGCGUCCGCCGCGACGGCGACGACGACGACGACGACGACGGCGACGACGACGGAGCCGCCGCGCGAGUUCGAUCCUCCCGCGUGGGCGCGCAAAGUAGACGCGGCGGUGGCCACGUCCGCGUCGUUGGAGCUCGUGAACGACGCGACGACGGACGCGGCGGCCGCCGCGGAGUCCCCGCGCGCGCGUCGAUCGCUCGAGUUUGAAUCUCGACGCGACGCGGCGAAGACGCGAGCGGCCGCGGACGACGACCGACGCGUACGCGAACGCGAACGCGAACGCGACGCUUCCGGGGCCGCGUCCACGUCGGAUUCCGACCCGUCGUCGCCGAGCUCGUGCCGCGACGACCGCGACCGCGGACCGGACAUCAGCGACGCGUUGGGGAACGUCGUGGGGGACAUGUUGUUCGGCGGCGGCGAAGACGCGGACGACGACGGUUGGUCGAACCCGGGGUUGAUGAUGUUUCCGUCCACGCGCGGGGCGGCGGCGGGGGCGAAACCGCCGCGCCCGGCGCCGCCGAGGCCGCCUCGGUCGCCGGGGAGCAGCACGCGGUCGUCGCGGUCCGCGUCGCCGACGUCGACGUCGACGCGAGGCGGAGGCGGCGGCGGCGGCGGCGGCGAGGGCGGGGGGGGGUUGUCCCCGAUCGAGCUCGUCGCCGCGGAGGUCCCCCCGCGCGCGCCACCCGUCGUGCACGACGACGCGACGCCGAGUUCGCCGGAACCUCCACCCUCGAGGACCCCCGCCAGCGCGCGCCCCGUCCACCCGCCGCCCCCGCCGCGAACGCGUCCGCCUCCGAGCGGAUACGGCGCCUCGGGCGAGCGGCUUGGAGAAGAGUGGGCGGCGCCGUCGGACGAGGACGACGGGCUCGUCGUGAUGCUCAAGGCGCGGAUCGAGAACUUACAAGGGCAGCUCGCGCGAUUCGCGGCGAGAGCGAAGUGA